AUGUCAAGAAUUGGAGCCUCAAUGUCUUCUUCAAUCACCAUCUUUUUAGUGCUUUUCAUAUCUCUUACCUUUCCUUCAAAAACCGUAGCAAAUGGCUAUUUCUACGAUUCACCACCACCACCAAAACCAGUGUACAAGCCUGCACCAGUGUAUGACCCUCCUACACCAGUUUACAAACCGCCAGUUUACAAGCCCCCAGUGUAUACUCCUGUUUACAAACCUCCGGUGUACAAGCCUCCUGUGUACAAGCCACCAGUUUACAAGCCUCCGGUGUAUAAACCUCCUGUUUAUACCCCUGUGUACAAGCCUCCAGUAUACAGGCCACCUGUUUACAAGCCUCCAGUUUAUACCCCAGUGUACAAGCCUCCGGUUUACAAGCCUCCUGUGUACAAGCCUCCCGUAUACAAGCCUCCAGUUUAUACCCCAGUGUACAAGCCUCCGGUUUACAAGCCUCCUGUGUACAAGCCUCCCGUAUACAAGCCUCCUGUGUACAAGCCUCCAGUUUAUACCCCAGUGUACAAGCCUCCGGUUUACAAGUCUCCUGUGUACAAGCCUCCCGUAUACAAGCCUCCUGUGUACAAGCCUCCAGUAUACAAGCCACCAGUUUACAAGCCUCCUGUGUACAAGCCUCCUGUGUACAAGCCACCGGUAUACAAGCCCCCUGUAUACACCCCAACUUACAAGCCUCCCGUAUACAAACCACCAGUUUACAAGCCUCCUGUGUACAAGCCUCCCGUAUACAAGCCUCCGGUUUACAAACCCCCUGUCUAUAAGCCUCCAGUGUACACCCCAGUAUAUAAGCCUCCGGUUUACAAACCCCCUGUUUAUAAGCCUCCAGUUUACAAGCCUCCCGUUUACAAGCCUCCGGUAUACAUCCCAGUAUAUAAGCCACCUGUCUACAAGCCUCCUGUGUAUACUCCAGUUUACAAGCCUCCAGUAUACACACCUCCCGUUUACAAGCCUCCAGUAUACAAGCCUACACCAGUGUACAAGCCUCCCACACCUAUCUACUAA